AUGCUGUAUGGAGCUAUCAGACUGUACUGCACCUCAUCCCAAUGUAAAGUCUCUGAAAAUCGCCCUUCUAGGAAGGAAAAGGAGAAAAUCGACGUCGACUACUUUCGUCCAGUGAUCGACACGUUUCCGAAGCGGGUGACGGCAAUUAUCUCGCACAUCGAGGAGGGCAUUAUGCGAAGAACAGUCGACCAGUAUCCUGCCGACAUUGUCUUAGCACCAUCAGGGUGCCCCUUGACUGACCUCGAGUACGCCGACGAUGUUGUUAUAUUCGCGGAAAGCAGUACGAAACUUCAACAUGUUGUCAACCUUGUAUCGAAGCUGGCUGCAGCCUAUGGACUACGUCUGAACCUUGAUAAAUGGAAGCAGAUGUGGAUUUCUUCGAGACCUCGAACGGGAAUCAGGGUGGACAGACAACCGAUAGAACUCGUCGAUGAGUUCUGUUACCUGUGCUGUACGCUGAGGAACAACGGAAGGCUACGAGAGAGAUGUUCGGCAAAGAUGCGCUAA